AAGCUCACCCUCAGCACUAACUUGACUUGCAACGUAAAAUACGGGAUGAAUAUGCGGCUAUUGCUGCGGCUGAAUCUCUCCUCACCAAGGUUUUCCCUCCGAAGGUAGAAGUAGCUGAUCCGAAAACAGAAACACUCAUCGUAAAAUUUGACGAGGCUUCCACUACAAAAUUUAUGAAGAAAACGAAAUCAGAAGGAGUGAGCGUGCAUUAAAGAUUCUGCUCGGUGUUGCACAGCGCAUUUGUCGAGUUGUUCCAAGAAAGAGGAGUUUCUUCGGAAAAGUUUGACAUUGUUUCCUUCCACGACGUAAAUGAGAGAAGAUACUGGGACUCUGAGUCUGAGAAAUCUUAUAUACGGACCACACGUAGGUAGGUAACGAAUAAUAUUCACGGUUGAUAAUGAUUGUCCCACCAAUGUGAGGGAAAGUGCUCGCCAGUUCCAUAAGGUCUUUCACGAUUGCUUGGACUACAAACAGACGCUCUUCAUGGAUAUACUAGAAGCAGAAGUCUCUCCAGCUGCACAGAAAUCCGAGGACUUUUACAAUUACAAUAUCAUCUGCCCGACCGUUUUCAAGAUUUCCAGUAUGGACAACGUCACAAAAUUAUUCCUUCAAUUGGAAGGAGCGGAAUAUUCUCACGUUAAAGCUCUGGAGAUCCGGCGGAGCACGUUUAUUCACAAAUUGAAAACCAAUAAUGUCUUCUGCUUGCAAACAUUCCGCAGAGAAUUGCUCUGUUCUUUCGACUACAACACGCGUUACAUAAGCAAUGAGCUUGCUAACAAAAUUUUGAGAAGGUUCGGGCACAUUUGAAGCAACUCUCGUCUUGAGUUACCAUUUUUUCAUAGUGUGUGACAUCUCCAUCGAGGUUUAUCAGCCGCAGCGCGUUAUUCUUUAUCAAUGGCUAUAGUGGUGCUCAUCAAACCUUGAAAGCAAUUGGUAUUUGAUUAACAACUCAUUGAUGAGUUAUCAUUGUCAGAUAGAAUAACAAAACUCGCUCCUUCAUUAUAACAACAAAGAAAAAGAUCUCGUCUUCGAAAUUGUAGCUAAGCCAGGAUCGUUUAAGAGUUUAUAGAUUGUGAGGAUUAUAGACGUUGACUAACAAUUCAUUCGCCCAUUCAACAACAAUUCAUUCAUUUCAUUGUAUGACUCGAAAUUGCGCAGAAUUGUCAACUUAAAUUUCUCUGAGGGUAGGCCAACAUUGUAGAAGCUAAACGAUAUGUUACUGAAGCAUUUCGGAAAUUCGGGCAAUCUAGGGCUAAUAUUGCAGUUGUCGUACGCGUCUAACAGUUGCUGCCCACGCUGUUCUCUGCACUCCGCUGCCGGGCCACAAUUGUUCUACUUAGUACUUUGACAACGCGCUGCAGUAGAGGCACACGGCUUCCAGACGUACGAAAGUGAUUCAACUCCUAUUAGCCAUGGCCACAUCAAGUGUCUUCGAUGAGCGUAAAUUACGCAAGCUUAGCCCCAUUGAGAAAUUUUUCCAGUUUUCUAAUGAAAAUAACAUAAAUUUGACUGUUUACUGUCUAACUAUUGCGACUCUGAAUCCUUUGCAACGAAGCUCUGUGCAUUCUGCUCUCCUGCACCUUUACAGGAAAAUGCCAAAUUUGCGCGUCUGCAUAUGUGUGGACGGGAAUGGCGAGCUCUGGCUGUGUCGAAUGGCUGAAGAAAAUAUAAUUUUGAAGUGGCUGACUUCUCCAGAGGGCUUCGACGCCGUGUACAUUGGGGAGACCCGCAAGCCCCACGAUGCCAGGUUGGGGCCAUUAUGGCGCGUGACGGUCAUGCCAGCUCAGGACGGACCGACUCCCGAUGCAGAGUUCAAGCAUCAUUAUAGAGUGAUGUUCGGUCUGCAUCAUUCCAUCACCGACGGCCACUCAUCCAUGCGAUUGUGUGGACACUUUCUGUCUUUACUCAAUUCUGAACUUGAAGGGAACGAAGUCGACGACAACGAACAGUUUGCUGAUUACGUGGGGCCAGAGUUUCACGAUAAGCUUGUAGAAGAAGCCAAGCUCACCCUCAGCACGAACUUGUACUUGCAACGUAAAAUGCGUGAUGAUUAUGCGGCUAUUGCUGCUGCUGGUUCUCUCCUCACUAAGGUUUUUCCGCCGAAGGUAGAAGUAACUGAUCCGGAAACUGCAACACUGUUCACCAAAUUUGAUGAGACAUCCACUUCCAAAUUUUUGCAGAAAAUAAAAUCAGAAGGAGUGAGCGUGCAUUCAGGAUUCUGCUCGUUGUUGCACAGCGCAUUUGUAGAGAUGUUCCAAGAAGCAGGAGUUUCUUCAGAAAAGUUCGACAUUGUUUCCUUCCACGACGUAAAUGAGAGAAGAUACUGGGACUCUGAGUCGGAGAAAUCGUACGGACCGCAUGUUGGUAUGCAACGAAUACUCUUUACAGUUGAUAAGGACUGUCCUUCAAAAGUGUGGGAAAGUGCCCGCCACUUCCACAAGGUCUUCCAUGAAUGCUUGAACAACAAACAGAUGUUCUUUAUGGAUAUUAUAGACGCCGAAGUCUUUCCGCCUGUGAAGAAAUCGUCGGAACUUUACAGCUAUAAGCUCCCUUGCACCGCUGUCUACUUCACUUCCAACAUGGGCAACGUCACCAAAAUAUUCCUAGCACCAAACGGGGAUGAAUAUUCUCACGUGAAGGCCACGGAGAUCCGACGGAGCACGUCGAUUCACCAAUAUUUCUCAAAUAACACGUUUUGCGUGCAAACAUUCCGUGGGGAAUUGUUAUUUUCUUUUGACUACAACACGAGGUUUAUUACAGACGAGCUGGCAAAAAAAAUUCUGGAGAAAGUCCGUGAACAUUUUGUGCGUCACUCCAUUUGAAUUGCUAAUUUCUACAACUCAGGUUGGCAGAUUGAGCUUGUAUACCUCUAAGUGUCAUUGUAGUGAUAAAUAGCGAAAUAUGUCUCAGACAUUUUUUUGGGGGGAGUGUAUAUCACGCGGAGGUGAACUAGGUAUAUGGUGUUACUUCAGCAAUAUGAUAAAAAACACCCUUCUUACAUUUUAUCGAGCGGUUGUCCUGCCGGUUCCCAAUGCGUAGUGACCUUUGCAUGAUGCAUAUCUUCUGAACUACUAUACAGAUGUCAAUUAAACCUCACAUUUGAACUUCAAUCAACCUUCAGCUGUCGUUUAGUGGUGAGAUCGUUUCGGUUUUAUUCACAAGUUUUCGGGGAGCUCCUAGACUGAUGUUUUCCGUAAAUGAAUAGAGAACUUCGACGGAUUCGAUUUAGUAAUCGUGAUCUCAGUGUUUAGACCCACCCCGUCAGUCAGAUAAUUUUUUAUUAAUCAAAAUUGACAGUGUAUGGGACCACGACUGAACAAAGGACCCCACCCCAACUCGAGUGGAAAGCUGAUGAGAUGUUCAUGCGUUCAGUUUAAUUUAAAUCUGCGCAUUACUUUGUUAGAUAUACUGUAUCAUGGCCAAUGAAACAUACCGUAAGACCUCAAGCGGACAUUUUCGGCUGGGAUGAAAAACUUAGGAAAGCUGUUUAGUUUCAAUGCUCGCUGACGAAUGAUUUAAAUCCGGCCAAUGGCCUGUAGAAGUAGGAUUUAAUGUUGAAGGAUAUACGGUUGAGCUCAACAAAAAAAAGUGAGUGCAGUAAAUCAUCCAAUUCUCCACAAGAGGCGAUUAAUCAACACGACAGAGAUAUGAUUUAUAACAGCAGCGUUUUUGAGACCGUGUCACCUAAAUAAUUUUGGUAAACUAUUAACCACAAUUGUAUUCAUAGGAUGCGAAGGUUAACUAUUACGCAGGUUUUUUUAUUAUAUAUAAGCAGGUGUUUGAUAACGCUGCUUUGCAGGUAUAACUCUCAGUUCUCUGUUACAACACCCAGUGAUGUUCGUAAUGAUCGCGUUUUGGGUGUGAUGUUGCUGGAGGAAGAUAGUAAUAUUUGACCGGUUGAUUAGCAUUAAAUGUUGACUUUUGCGGUACGAAUAGUUUGAUUAUUAAUUAUUCAAAUAGGGAAAUGUGUUAGAGCGAUCAACUAUACCAAAAAGGCAUCUCUUCAAAGUAAAUACGCAUGCGUUAGCUUAAGAUUUUAUUGGGGUUGAGUUUGAUUCUUGGGUUUGUGUUAUUUGUGCGUUGGUUUUUUAUUUGUGGUGACACGAUUGGUCGAACAAUAUUAUUUUGUGUCAUUGAUGUUUUAUGCAAUUGCAAUAUGAUUCGUUUAAAUCCUGAAAUUGUUUGGUUAUAAAUUUAAUCUCCCUCUAUUGUAGCUCCUCUAUUCUUAUCAAAACAUAACUUAUUAUACAUUUAAAAUUUAUGCUUUGUUUCAGGCUCUGAAAUACAGCUCAAGAAAAGGCUCUGAGCUAGAGUCGUCGUUUUGAAUUGAGUUGUUACAUUUAACACUAUUGAUUGUAACUCAAAAUUUGAGGUGUGUAGCUGACAUGAAUAAACAAUAGGAGUUUCAACAGCUUUUUGGGCGCGAUAGCUGUACUGAUACUGUAAAACUAUUUGCGUCUUGACUGGAACGGCUAGCGUUGGAAAAGUUGCAAACUAAAAAUUUCCUCGUAAAUAAGCGCUAUGAAGUAAAUUUACGAUUAUAUCGCUAAAUGUAAGCUAUUGGUAUUAAAGGGGAGAAAAUACUGAACACUAAUCCAUAACUACAGCGCGAAUGCUUCAGUAGGCCUGGUAACAUUCAGUCACAGAUUUACCAAGCAAAAGACGUCCGUAAACAAACUGGCGUCGUCAACACACGUCAAGUUGCUUGUGUCGAAACCGACAUCGGUAGAACACGAAGAGUCGAAACUCUUGCAAGUUAAGUUAUUCCAUCAAUCACGAUCGCGUGUGUGCAACAUCACAGACAUUUUCGAUCUACGCGGCGUGGAUGUCUGGAUGAAGUAACUGAAGGAACGGCGAUGGAGGGGAUAUGGUCUCAGCAGCGGGAUAGGAAGAGGCUGCAAGAGUACGAUGGAGGUGAUUCAAUCUAAGUAGCGAGAUUAGAAGAGGCUUUAAGAGUAACUAUAUAGGACGCGGAGAUAUACUGGGCCGACUGCUGGAUGUUGCUUGCCCACCGUGUGCGCAAAGGACCCCGCAUCGAAACAGAUGCAGCUAAGGAGAAAGUUUCUGUAGAGUUACGAUGAAAAUUAUGCUUUGUAUGAAAUGGUGGAGGAAUGGUUUUCAGUGGCAGCAUAUGAAGUCAGCUUCGCCUAGACAAUGGGGGAUGAAGAGGCUUUAGGGGCGACGAUGGCGGUGAUCCAAUCGAGGUAGGAUGCGACUUUGGUGUAAGCUCCCAAACGACCGCACAGCGGCCCAAAGCUGACGAUGCCGGCCACCUCCCUGGGCAUGCAGGUGCCCGCUAAGACCUCCGGGAGGUUUGACUCUUGCAUCAGAGGCCCCCCGCUGUCGCCCUGCCCGUCAAAUGUUGGGAUUACGGACGUGAAAUUUUGGAAAAAUUUCAUUCGACUGAUUUCCUUUAAGACUCGGCAGGAAAUACAAAUCGUAUCAACUAUCUCAAGGAAGUAUGGUAGGAAAUAUGAAUUAUGUAUCAUUCAAUGCAUGGGUGAUGCUUAUGAAUUAUUCUUUACAUGCGACUGGAUUUAUGUGUGAUGGGAGCGAAACGUUGUAUUUGCGUUGGAGAUUCAUUAUAUUAUCACAUGUAUCACAUUUCGAUCAAGGAAAAGUACAAUUUGUGAAAUAUUACGUACUUACAUACGAAUAACCCUCGUGCAUUAAUCAUUGUUUCGGAUGUGACGGAAAUACAUGAUGUAGAAAAAGAA